CUUGCAAAGAGUUAUCUGGGUCCUACUCAUGACCUUUCUGUUUAUCGCGGUCCCACCAGUUGCCGGAUGCCCAUCCUCAACCCUCCAGCAAAUUAUUCACAGCCGACAGACAAUCAAUCUCCAAUGAGUCAAAUUUCCCCAAAGCAGAAAGCUCAGCUUGAUGAUACGAUACAUGAGCCUCAGCUUUUACACCAGAGACAUCAUCCAUCUCCACACCGCUCAAGCCAACAUCAUAAUAGACUUAUGAAGAUGUGUAAGCAAGCCGGCUCGCAGCUGCCAACACCCUAUCCUACAGGCUUUUCGACUGGGAUUCAGGGCGUUUAUCAGCAAAAUGGCUUUCUAUCCUCGAACGGGCUUCCCGCUCACAUACUUUCCAUGGCUCACUCCUCUAGUCACUUCUCUGAUAACUCUGUUUCCAACUUUAUCACUAGCUCUGCUGGUCCCUGUUCAUCUGGUUGCGACUACUCACAUUCAGAUUCAUUGAAUACCUUUACUGCCACUCAGCAGCUGCAGAGACCCUAUAUGAACGGAUUUAUUAAAUCACAGACGCCAUCCUACCUUGGUUUCAUGCCUACAACGGCAACAGCCUCUAUCGCCGAUAGCAGCGGUACUGUCGGUACAGGAGACGCUCUAAUCGAGUCAGAAGAUGCCUUUCUGUCUAUGUUACGCCAGCAGGCUAAGGCUAAUACCUCGAGUGUUCAACUUGGGUCCUUACUCGCUGCUACGGCCUCGGCUUCUUCGGUGGCCAUGUCCAUCUGUCCGUCAACGCUUUCGACUUCAUCAAGCGCCUUUUCUACAGAACUCAGGAAUAAUAGCCUUUCCUCGGACUAUAAGUUUCAUUCUGGUGGAGGUAAUUUCUCCCCAACUCCCCUGCACCACCUUGGCGCCCCUGGCCAAAUGGUGUCGGGCUGUCCAUCAGAACGCUUUUUGGAGAGCCUGUUGGUACCUGGCUGCAGUGGACUUGAGUCAGAACUCGGGCCGGUUACAUCGGGAGGCGCCGAGAGCCUUGGGGCUAGACUCACUAAAAGGGAGCGCUUCAUGUCAGAGCUCGAUUUAACUGCAUCUGUUGAGGAUUGCUGCACUUCCUUAGGUUCUCUCUCUGCAGUUAAUGGCAGUGCUAAUGCAGUUGAUCGAAGACGUAGGAGAGAUAUGCUUACUUCAUCCCUCCUUUCAAGUGUGUUGUCCGAAUAA